AUGGAGAAGCACGUACAGAUUCUCCUCAAUAGGCUCUCCUUCGCCUCCAUAGCCAUAGCCACGCUGACCCUCUUUCUCCUCUACCUCCAAACCCCCGACAACUGCGUCGACCCGUCCGACCCGAACCCGAAACCCCACACCCGUUUCCCCAAAUCCACCUGCGACCUCACCCACCGCCGCUACACCUCCGUCGACAAGCGCAACCGCCGUCUCUGGUCCACCAACGCCUGGAAAAGCGCCGUCGCCUCCUAUUCCUCCCUCCUGACGGCCCUCCAGGCCCGAAACCACUUCUCGAACGACUCCCGGGCCCUUGUCGUCUCCGCCGGGCCGGGCCACGCCGUGCGGGCCCUGCAGGAAUUGGGGGUGGAGGAAGUCACCGGAGUGGAGCUGGUGGGCUCGCCGCCUCUGGUGACCCGGGCGGAUCCCCACAACCUGCCAUUCUUUGAUGGGGUGUUUGAUCUCGGGCUCGGGCUGUACCUGGAUCGGGCCCUUUUCCCAGGCCGAUUCGUGGGGCAGAUGGAGAGGACGGUGAGGAGCGGUGGGGUUUGCUUUGACUGUAGACGAGUGUGGGGGGAAUGA